AGGAAUAACAUGGUAUUCAUCGUUGGACUUUCAAUUGUAUGCAUUGGCACCGAUAGCUUUUCUUGUGUUAUAUAAAUAUCCCCGAUUUGGUGUGAUCUGGUUGUUUAUAUUAUUAAUAUUUGGCAUUUUGUUACCUAUAUUUAAUUACAAAAUGCUAGAGUUUCCGCACAUAUACCAGUCCUUUGCGUGGCCAGAUUUUAUACAAGCAAUGGAGGGCUUUGCACGACAUUAUUGGCAACCAUUUAAUUAUAUACAGACUUAUAUUAUAGGAAUGAUUACGGCAUAUGCUGUCCGAUAUCACCCGAAAGCAUAUCUGGGCGGACGUAUUGGACACAUGUUUAUAUGGAUUGUUACUAUUAGUAUGACAUUCAGUAUACUCUAUUGGCAGCGCAACUUUGUUAUGCCCGGCUAUUUGGCCACCAAUUUCAAUGAUUACGAAAUGCCGUUAUACUUAUUGUUAGGAAAACCUAUCUAUUUAUUAUCAUUUGUUUGGCUUGUAUAUAGUUGUUCCACUGGCCGGGGAGGCAAAUUUAAUGAAAUGUUGGGGUGGAAAGGCUUUAAAAUUAUCGAUAAUUUGGGUCUAGAAAUAUAUAUUAUGCACGUCUUCUUCUUUGUCUACAGAAUUGGUUCGCAACGAGAACUGAGGACUUAUACAGAGUAUUAUAUUUGGUCGGUAUCGAUGUUUGAUUUUUUCGGUUCAUACGUACUGUCAGUGAUAACUGCAUUUCUGGUGACCCGACCGUUCACUGCAAUGACUAAUGUAUUACUCAAACCUAAACGUACGCCAAAAGAAAAUAUUGGUGUGAUUCACAUAUUACGUUUGCGCUUAGGUUUAGAGGACAGUGUUGAUGAUAACAGUUUUGAUGAAAAUGGUUGUUCAGCUGAUGAUAUGAUAGACUUUUUUGUCGAUAAGUUGACUCCCGAUGACUACGAAGAGAGCAAACAAAAUAUUAAACACACGUUUGGGUCAUUGAAUGAAACGAUUAAAGCGUUUAAUAGACUGGAAAUCUACGGUAAAAAUGUGAGCGAAAAGUUAUCGAAAUUUACUAAACGAAUGAAUAGUCGAGUGACGGAAGUGUUGAUGGAAAUGGAUUUAGAGGACCAGUGUAUGCAAUCGUUGGCCAGAAUAAUGAACAGCGCCCGCGAUGGCGAAAUCUGGGCAAUUAAAUUUUUUGAGGCACAACCCACUCCAUCAAACGGUAUACUCGAGCUAAGCGGUACAUCGUAUGGUAACUAUGACCAGUGUCUGAGCAUCGAAAGUCCCGAUGAGUCGGAAAAACCUAAAAUAUACGGUCAGUAUUGCGGAAUAAAACAUCAAUUGCUUGACAGACAUCAGAUACCGAUGAGUGCUUACGAAGAUUUAUCAAACUAUUUAAAAAAAGAGACAAACAGUUCCUCGUUUGCCAUUUAUAGCAAUCUAUUGGGAAAGUUCUUUAUGUCUAAAAGUAUCAAAACUGCUAAACAAUGGCAACAAUUGUUCGAGUUUUCCCAAAACACUAUCCAUGAAGACCUGACAAUAAUCAAUGGUCUGUGUUUGCCAUCGACUUGUAAACCAAAAGACGUUUCCCGAGUAUUAACUAAAUUGAUGUAUCCAAUAACUCAUUUUACUAUUGAAUUAAAUGAAAACUGUGAUUAUAAAGACAAACCAAUUGUGUUGAAUAAAUAUCAUAUUGUGUCAAUUGUCGGUGUCGGUUCACUAAUCGCUAUAUUUAUAUUGAGUACAAUUAUUGACUGUUUACCAGACAGUCUACUAAAGAAAAAACUACUAUCGAUACCAAACAUUGGUUUUAUAAUCAAAUGUUUUUCCGGUAAAUCUAACGCACAAUCGAUAUUAGGUUUACAACAAUACGGAAAGUUUAAAGCUUUGGACGGUUUUCGUGCAAUACUAACAUUUUAUUGUGUUGUUGUACACACCUAUGAAUUUGGACAGUUGUUUAUGUUUACUCGGAAUCACUAUCAGUCCUCAUCAUAUAAAAUGAUAUUAGAUUAUAGAAACAUGUUUUUGCCAAACAUUUUGAUUAUGGAUAACUUUGUGCUUUUAUCCGGUUUCCUAUUAUGUAAUACAAUAUUAUCAAGACUUGAACAAAGCAAAGGGAGAUUCAAUUAUUUACACUAUUUAUUAAUUAGAUAUCUAAGAUUAUUACCAAUUAUUUUAUUUGCAUUAUUUAUAACAUUUUUGUUUGAAUUUUCCGGCUCAGGUCCACACUGGAAAAAUAUGUUAAUUUAUUUUACAAAUCAAUGUUACGAUAAAUGGCACAAACCAUUGCUUAUGACCACUAAUAUACUGUACUAUCCAAACGAUAAUUCAACUGUACUUCAAUCAAUUCAGUGUCUAGGAAUAACCUGGUAUUCAUCGUUGGACUUUCAAUUGUAUGCAUUGGCACCGAUAGCUUUUCUCGUGUUAUAUAAAUAUCCCCGAUUUGGUUUGAUCUGGUUGUUUAUAUUAUUAAUAUUUGGCAUUUUGUUGCCUAUAUUUAAUCAUCAGAUACUAGAAAUGCCUCACGUCUAUCAGGUCAUUACAUGGCCAGAUACUGUACAAGCAAUAGAUGGAUUUGCACGACAUUAUUGGCAACCAUUUAAUUAUAUACAGACUUAUAUUAUCGGAAUGAUUACGGCAUAUGCUGUCCGAUAUCACCCGAAAGCAUAUCUGGGCGGACGUAUUGGACACAUGUUUAUAUGGAUUUUUACUAUUUGUAUGACAUUCAGUAUACUCUAUUGGCAGCGAAACUUUGUUAUGCCCGGCUAUUUGGCCAUCAAUUUCAAUGAUUACGAAAUGCCGUUAUACUUAUUGUUAGGAAAACCUAUUUAUAUGUUAUCAUUUGUUUGGCUUGUAUAUAGUUGUUCCACUGGCCGGGGAGGCAAAUUUAAUGAAAUGUUGGGAUGGAAAGGCUUUAAAGUUAUUGAUAAUUUGGGUCUAGAAAUAUAUAUUAUGCACGUCUUCUUCUUUGUCUACAGAAUUGGUUCGCAACGAGAACUGAGGACUUAUACAGAGUAUUAUAUUUGGUCGGUAUCGUUGUUUGAUUUUGUCGGUUCAUACGUACUGUCAGUGAUAACUGCAUUUCUGGUGACCCGACCGUUCACUGCAAUGACUAAUGUAUUACUCAAACCUAAACGUACGCCAAAAGAAAGUAUUGGUGAAAAUGUUGACAACAAAUCUGUAAAAUUAGAUACAAUUGAUUCAAAUGCUGAUUAUAUGGAAAAAUCAAUCAAUAAUUUUCCUGAACUCACAGACACUGAUAGGAAAACAUUAAAUUUUAGUUAA